CUUCGCUUGCCCUUAAUCCUUCUAUUUUGAGAUUGAAUUUUCCAUGAUUAUUUGCUUCGCCAGUUUCUUCCUUGGUCUUCAUUUUGCUUCCCUAGUCGAUGAUUUAAAUUUUUACCGCUGUUUGAUGCCGAAUUGGGGGAAUGAUAUCUUGUUCUUGUGCCGCCUUUUUGUUUGUUUCUUCUUUGCCUUGUGGUUUCUGAUUUCUUAGAAAUACAAUUGUAUGGCUAGAUUUAGGUCCAUGUAUGUAAUAUUUAAAACUAUUGUCUCUUUCACAGAUCAUACGUAAUGAUUCUUUCUUCUCAAUGUGUGCGCGGUUCAAUGUUGGCUUUUUGUGUUGUAGCAGUUGGAGAUGGGGGCAUACCUUAGCAGUCCGAAAACAGAAAAGACCUCUGAAGAUGGCGAGAAUGACAGGCUUCGCUAUGGGUUAUCUUCCAUGCAAGGGUGGCGUAAAACUAUGGAAGAUGCUGUCUCAUGCUGCCCAUCCUGAUUUGGACGAGUCUACAUCUUUGUUUGGUGUUUAUGAUGGUCAUGGAGGUAAAGCAGUCGCUAAAUUCUGUGCCAAGUAUCUACACCAACAGGUGCUUGAGCAUGAAGUUUAUUUAGCUGGAGAUUUAGGCACAUCUUUACAACACUCAUUUCUCAGAAUGGAUGAGAUGAUGCGUGGACAAAGAGGGUGGAGAGAAUUAGCAGUCUUGGGAGAAAAAUCAAAAAGGCUUUUUAAUAUGAGAUGUUGGUUUAUAAGGACUCCAAAGAGUGGUUCAGUCAAUGGCCAUGUUGAUGACUGGGCUUUUGAAGAGGUAACUAAUAAGAAUGACAUACCACAGGGGCCCCAUUGUGGUUUCAGGGUACCAAAGGCAGGAUGCACAGCUUGUGUUGCAGUCAUCCGAGGCAACCAUCUUCUUGUUGCAAAUGCUGGUGAUUCUCGCUGUGUAUUAUCAAGGAAGGGCCAGGCACAAAAUUUAACUAAAGAUCACAAGCCUGACCUCGAGGUUGAAAAAUACAGGAUUCUAAAAGCUGGUGGUUUUAUACAAUUUGGACGUGUCAAUGGAUGUUUAAACUUGACUAGUGCAAUUGGAGAUAUUGAAUUCAAGGAAAACAAGCUUUUGCCUGCGGACAAGCAGAUGGUAACUGCUGAUCCAGAGUUAACUUAUGUUGAGCUUUGCAAUGAUGAUGAGUUUCUCGUUAUAGCUUGUGAUGGAAUAUGGGAUUGCAUGUCAAGCCAACAUCUUGUGGAUUUCAUACAUGAACAGUCAAGGACAGAAAACAAUCUAAAAGUGAUCUGUGAGAGAGUAUUGGAUUGGUGCUUGGCACCAGCAGCCGGUGGUUUGGGAUGUGACAACAUGACCAUGAUCUUGAUUCUGUUCAAAGGGCCAAAUUCAGGUGCUUCUGUCAUUAACUAACAAGCCUCUGUCACCGACAGAUAAGAGAAAAGGUUGUGCAGAAGAUUGCUUGAUUGUUUAGUUUUACGUUGAAAACCAAAAAAAUCAUGAUUUUGAUGGAAGUGAGUAACUUUCAACGUAAAACUAAGUGAAAAUGAGUUGUAAGUAAGAGAGACAUGAUUGAUUAAUACAGGAGAAAAGGAAUCAUGGGCCUAUCUCAUAUCUAGAUUUCAAAUUGUAUGAUGGUAUGUGCAGGUCUUGUACAUGUGUAAAUGUAUUAAGUAUCUAAAAUACAAAGCCAUUAAUUGAUGGGAAACGCGACAUUUUCAAAUUAUUCUGUCA